GUAAAUUCUCGGAAUAGACUUAAAGAAGGUCACAUGAUCUUUUUCAUAUAUAUUUAGUCUCGUUUCAAGCAUCGAGUUUACAUUUUCAAUAGAAUCGUCUUAGCAUAAGUUUAAAUCAAAACACAACAAUGAAGAAGAGUCACAAAGGAAGCAGUCGGCAUUCAGUCGGUGCUGGACGGAAGCCUAUCAGGCCAAUUGAACGACAGAAAAUGCGGCCUUGGUUGUAUAACUUAUUAAUGAAUGAGGACGUCCUAAGUAUCAAGUGGGAGUCGAAAAGAGAGGCUACAUUCAGGAUUGCCUGGAGGCAUGCAGCUAGACAAGGCUGGAACCCACGGGAUGACGCUGAUUUGUUUGAACGUUGGGCAAGACAUACAGGGAAAUUCAUGGACGGCGACGAAGCAGAUCCUAAAAGAUGGAAAGCAAAUUUCCGUUGUGCUUUGAACAGCCUUCCUGAUGUCGAGGAAUUGAAAGAUAGGGGUCUGAGAAAGGGAAACAAUGCGUUUAAAAUUUACAAAUUUCUGGACGAAAAGAAAAUGAAAUCAAAAAGGAGACAAAACAGUAAUUGUAGAGAAACUGUAUGUUCACCGAAACGAGCAUCCAAACGUCUGCAGGAUAAACCAUGUCGUCGUUUUUUAAACGACAGUGAGUCGGAGGACGACGAGGACAUGUCGGAGGAUUCAGAUGAGUGCCCAUCACCAAGACGACGGGAUUCAGAUGAAGUGUCAACAUCUGGUUCUGAGCCCGAGUUGAUAUCUGAACGGUAUUGUCGCUUUUCAACAGAUAGCAAUGAACUUCCAGUGUUUGAGAAGAUUUGUGGAGAAUCUGAUUUAUCCAUUUUCAAGUCUGAAAAUAAGUGCCAUAAUUUAAACUAUAACCAACAAUACAUUGCAUUACCAGACAACACUGUGGCUAUUUAUAAUACACAAAGAGAUGAUGACAAUUGUAGUACAGAGAGUGAUAUGACUGAAGAAGAAUUAGUUGAGUUAAUUUUGAACGUAGAAAGUCCAGGAGCCAGAGAGAUUGUUGAGAUUAAAGAUGAACCAAUUGAUAUUUGGUCAUCUGUGGCAGCUGAUGUUACCAUUGGAGAGGACAUGGAACAGGAUAUGUUAGAUGGUUGUGUCAUAAAUGAAACAGAAAACGUUGUCACACAACAAAUCAUAUGUGGUGGAGAUAUGGGUUACACAAGUCUGGAUCUUUCAUUGAUAUGAGCAUUGAUGUCUUUAACUUUGAUAUCGUAGACAAUCAAAUGUUACAUGUAAGGCGUGCCAUCAUAGGAUAGACUUCUGUCAAAGGAACACUGUGAUAAACAUUGCAAUUCAAUGAUAUGACUUUUCACCUUGUCAUACUAAGUUACCUUAAAUUUGAGAGUUUGAAUUCAUCUUUCCUUCGGGCACGCAGUCACAAAACAACGUGUUGGAUAGGAGAUAUGACAGCGGCGCACGGAGGAGGACAGCCAUUGGAUGAUCUAUAAUUCUCUUCAGUUUUUAAUUCAUGUGAAUUGGAUAGUGUGUGAUGAUGACAAUAGUAUAUUCAUUAUUCAUAAUCGUCAUAUAAACUUGUGCAAUGUGUGAAUAUUUCAUUCUGACUAGUCAUAAAAGGACCAGCACUUCAUGUAUCAUAGUACGAUGAUUAGACCAGACAAUGGACCUUUAUCAUUCGUGGUGCAAAAGUGUAGUAAAAUGUUGUAUCAAUAAAAUUAUUAAAGAAAA